AGAGAUUCAGCAUCGUCAACAUCUUGUUCAAGAGCACUUGUGCAGGACAUAUGUUUAUUGCAGGAAAUUUAAUCCGUGCUCAUGUUUGCUUUGCACGGGUCCUUCUCACAUUCAUAUUUACACAUGUUAAGGCCUCAUGACUGUUAUUGAAGACUCAUUUGAGAACUCGCUUAUUUCAUACACACGUCUUUUUCUGAUUCAAGACUUCUGGCUGUCAUGUGACACUUUCAGGGGAACUACAGGGUGAACCAAUCGCACCGACAUGCCACAAAUCUGGACAACCUCACAGUUGACAAUUACCAAGUGAAUGAGCACGAAUGGCUUUGCAAGCAGUUAUUGUGUGUCUGCAUAGUAACAAAGUCAGGCGGCUAACUCCCCCAGGAGGAGCGGUGAAAUCGGAUGAAGGUCAUCUUCCAGUCAGACCUGUUUAGUUUGCUCACAGUGGAAACCUUAAGCCCUGUGCUGGAUGAAUGGAGAGGAAAACAAUGAAAUGAGCUGCUUUUCUGCUCUUUGACAACAGUGCUCAAAAGGUUAUUUCUGUAGAUCUUGGUCAGGGCAGGGAGGGGAAUAGUUUUUUAACUGAGCUUCUUUUUUAUUUUCUAAGUAGAAGAUUUUGGAAGUUAAUUAGGAUGUGUGGUUUUGUGAUGGAUUUCAAGGAUACAGGAAAAUGAAAAGAAGGGAGGUAGGGAAAGUGAGCAGAGUUUUGGGUAAUUGGAAGUCAGGUCCAUUGACAGACAUUGGUCCAAGCUGGUGGUUUGACUGGUCAGAGGUCCUGGUCUGAUUCCCCUGCUGUGGAGUGGAGCUGGGGGCGUGCCAGGACAUUCCGCGUGUCACUUUCUGUACAGCCAGCCCACUUGGCUCUUAUUUUGUAAUUUCCUUUUAGGAAAAAAUGUAAAAGGGCUACGAGGAAGUACUGUUGCUCACUUGCUCCUUUUUUAGUUCCUUCAAACGGCUCAAGGAAGAAGAAGGAUUGUGUGUCUGUUUAGCACUGUCUGUGUAUAAUUUUUGAAUUAUUUUUUACAAGGCAACUUUAAUUGUUUUCUUUCAAAAUGGAUUGUCUAAAAAUGAAGGAAGCAGGAGAGUACAACAUGAAAAUGCAUCCCAUGUGGCAGGGACCUCUCGCGGUACCAGGAGGUGAUCGCCAGUCUCCCAUCGACAUUGUUGUACGGAAGAGCGUCUUCGAUUCAGAGCUGAAGCCUCUGGUCACUGAAUAUAACCCAGAGACCUGCCAACAAAUUUGGAAUAACGGUUACUCCUUCCUGGUGGAGUAUGAUGACACUACAGACAAGUCAACGCUGAAAGGGGGCCCCCUGCAAGACAAAUUCAGGCUCUGUCAGUUCCACUUCCACUGGGGUGAGAGCAACGCCUGGGGGUCAGAGCACACCGUGGACAGGAGACUCUUCCCUGCAGAGCUCCACUUGGUCCACUGGAACUCUGACAAGUACAGUCUGUUCGAGGAAGCAGUGAUGGAGGACAAUGGACUAGCUGUGAUUGGAGUCUUUCUUAAGGUGGGAAAGAGACACGAGGGGCUGCAGAAACUGGUAGACGCUCUGCCUGCAAUCAGACACAAGGACAGUGUAGUGGAGUUUACAAGGUUCGACCCUGCAUGUCUGCUGCCUGUUAACAUUGAUGACUACUGGACGUACCAUGGCUCACUGACAACACCUCCUCUGACUGAGUCUGUAACCUGGAUUGUUAUGAAGCAACACAUUGAAGUUAGCCAUGAUCAGCUGGCGGUCUUCCGGAGCCUUCUGUUCACCUCAGCUGAGGAGGAUGUACAGAAGAGUAUGGUGAACAACUUCCGGGUACAGCAGCCUCUGUGCGGUCGUACCAUCCGUUCGUCCUUCAGCCCCUUCCUGCAGGAGGCACCAUCAGCUGAAGGCGACAAGCACACCCACUGAUGCUACGAGUACAUUCAUCCACUCACACAGUAAAACACACAAUGACCACUGCUGCAUACACACUACUUUGUGAGCAAGUGUCUGUACUGUACCAGUUUUUUUUAAUUUUGUCACAACUUAAUGUUGCUAAUUAGCAUUUUGAACAGAAAACAUAUUUUAAAGCAUGACAAAGUUUCCUCAGAGGACCUUCAGUUAAACUUCAUGCUCUUUCAUGGAGUGAAUGGAUUUUUAAAUUACAAACAGUAAACAGUUCUACAGGGAAGGCCAGGGAGACUUCUGUUUCUGAGUUUGAGAUUAUUUCCUUUAGACUUUUCUGAUUUUGGUUUGACUGUCUCAGACCAAGGGCGGCACAGUGGUGCAGUGGUUAGCACUGUCGCCUCACAGGAAGGUUCUGGGUUCGUGCCUGGGGUUUUUCUGUGUGGAGUUUGCAUGUUCUCCCUGUGCCUGUGUGGGUUCUCUCUGGUUACUCCAGCUUCCUCCCACAGACAUGCAGGUUAACUGGUUGACUCUAAAUUGCCUGUAGGUGUGAAUGUGAGUGUGAAUGGUUGUUUGUGUGUAUGUGUUGGCCCUGCCAUGGACUGGCGAUCAGUACAGGGUGUACCCUGCCUCUCGCCCAGUGUCAGCUGCGAUAGGCUCCAGUCCCCCGCGACCUUAACGGAUAAGCGGAAUAGAUAAUGAAUGAAUGAAUGAAUGAAUGUCUUAGACCAAUAACCAAUAAGGGAUGGGUGCUGUGGGGAAAAUGUGUAGUUUUAUUGAUUUUUCUUAACACAAAUCGUAUUUAUAAUGCAUAUACAUUUUGUACCUGCAGCUCAGUAUAGAGAAUCACACUGAUUCCCUACACUUGUUUGGUACUACAGCAGAGUCUGCUUUGACUUUCUGGUGGUGAUGUUUUUAUCCAUAUAAGUAUGCUGGAGCUGCUGUCAGUUUACAGAAACGUUAGCAGGAGAUUUUAACAGACUGGCGCUGCCCACUGUCUCUAGGAUGCAGGCUUUUUUUUUAAAUUGCAGUAUACCCUUUUUUUAAAUCCUGUAUUGUUGGGUGUUGGGUUUAUCCUCAAUUUUGUCAUCAAUUCAUUAUCAAGAUGAAAAGAAUGUAUAUUUUCUUCAUCUAUUACUGUUACUGAUUUAAUUUAGUUUAAUUCAGUUUUAUUUAUAUAGCUCUGAAUCAAUUGAAGUUAUCUCAAGGCACUUUUCACAAUUUAUAUUAUUAUGUUUACAGAGAGAGAUCCAACAGUUCCCAACAGCGGGCAGAGAAUAGGGACAGUGGAACAUAACAUAAUGUAGAUUAUACUGUACACAGCACAUCUGACAUUCAGAGACCAUUGUUGAAUAUUUAAGUGGUGAUUUAAAACUCCACUGAGCCUCAGUUAUUCUGUCCAGAGCCUGUUCAUUAUUUUACUAAUCCAUACAAACAUGUCAGGUAUAUGUAGCAGAUGUACUUUAAUAUUAUAUAUGAAAUAUGAAAUAUAUGACAUUAGCAGUCCUCUUCCAUUACUUACAGUAGUCUCUAGCACCAUAACCACAGUGCCUUAAACGUCCUCUGUGUGACUCACUGCUGUAGCAACACCUGUCAGAGUUUGAGCCAAUCCACACCUGUUCCACUACACUUCAAGUAAAGUGGUUGCUGAUGGUUGGUCACAGUAAAAGUCAAGACAUUUACCUGAGGGAAGAUGGGUUGAUCCUCAUCUCAUUUCUGUUCUUUUGAAUGUAGUAAAUAGAAUCAGUCAAGUCUUUGACAAACUACUGUGCUUUUGCCAGUGAGUUCAGAAACUGUGAGGUUGACUGAUCGAAUCAGGGUUUGUGUUUGGGAGGGAACUGCUGUCUUCAAUAGUCUGUCUGGUUUUUCUGUUUUUCUUUUAUGUCUCAUGUUUGUUUAUAUUAGUGGCAGAGGACUAAGAAUAAUCGGACACAAUAGAACAAAUAAAAUGUAACUGUAAUGUGUAUUAAAUGUUUCAGGUUGAGAAUAAGGAUUAAGGAAUUGGAAAUAGAAUCACACAACUGGUCCAAGCUACUUCUGCUUUUUACAUUUUCAAUUAAUGUCAGAAUGAACACAGGUUACCACCAAGAAUACUGGAGAGACUUCCUAAGGGAUAAACAGGUGAAAUAAUGGGACCAACUGUCUACAACAGCCCUGUAUCACUUUGUCUGUCAGCAUGUUUAUGUUUAUACUACUAUUGUAGUUCCACUAUAUUCUAAUUUACUUCCACCAUCUGACCUACUUAAGGUGUACUUGAGUUACCUCAUCCACAGCUUUAAAAGCUUUAAACUACAGUAAACUACAUUACUAAAUCAAAUGUUCUUCAGUGUAUGAGUUUAACUUUAACUUCCAAACUUUAUUGUGACAAUCCUGGAGACACUGCAGAUGAAGAUUUUGUCAUGAUGCAACCUUGCAUCAUCUAAAGUAGUCUGGAAGUCUGCCUGCAUCUUACAUGCAGGAUAAUUAGAAAGAGAAAGGGGAAGGACAAGACAGAGAAGAGAGAAAGGUGAGCAGAUAGAAAGAUUGCAGAAGGCAAGGAGGAGAGGAGGACACACAUGAAAGCACCUGUUUAGUUUCUCAGAUAUGUCUGAACUUGCAUCUGAAACAUUGACACACAAACCAGAAAACCACAUUAAAUCAGUCCAUUUUUAACACUAUUUAAGUGUCCAUGGAUAUACAUUUGAGGUGAGGCAGGGGUGAGAGGUCACAGUUGUCUAUAUAAUCUCUCAGUAACAAUGUAACUGUCCAAACUGGCCCCUGAUGACUUUUGAAAUAGCCACCCCACCCUACCCCACCCCUCAAUGGAUGCUCACAUGAGGCAUACACACCCUGCUCCAUCUCCCCAGGAGGUCCUCUGUCGGCUUCCCAUUUGAGGCCUGGCAAGAAGCUGCAGUGAAUAGACUAACUGGAUAUGCAUUGAAAAGAUUUUGUGCUAUGUGAUGUGCACUGAGUGAUGUUAAUUCAUUGUGAGGAGUGUCAGACUUGUUAGAUAAAUGCUGAAGGGGCCACGGGGGGCAGGUUGAAGAUUUUUGAAAAGCAGGAAUGACUCCAGUGGAAACUGGGUAUGGAAUUUGAUUAUGUGUAUCAGUAACACUUCUCAAAUCUCAAAUCCUUUUCUUCACAGAUGCAAUACAGAAUCUGUCUGAAGUGUUAUGCUAACAUGGAGAUAAGGGACCCAGUACUGCAUUUACUGUAUUUUGUACAGCUUUAUUAAAUUGAUUGAUUCAGUGUAUUUGAAUCAUGCACCAUGAUCUGCCAUCGUGUUUCAUGGCAUUUUCCUUUCUGUUUUUAAUUUUCAAUGCAAUUAAUGUCAAUGUACUUCAAUGUAAAUGUUCAGUCUAUGGAAGAUGUUUGUCUAAAUGGCUGUUUCUGUCAAAGCUGGAGUCAGUGACAUGACAUCAGAAAUCACUUUAUGGUGACUUUGUUCAUAGAUUGUAAAAAAUGAAGAUGAAAUACAUCACAGUUACAUCUUAACAUUUUUAGAAUCUUUCUGUUUUCCGCCUUAUAUCACUGUCUGCCUUUUUAAACAUAAAAAUAUUACAGAAAGCUGCCAUGCUGUGUUUCCAUCAUGAUGUUUUAUAUUCCUACCUUAUGUAGCUCAGUGUGAUGUUUUAGCAGGUGUACGUUAUGUAUGCUGUUCACUGUAUGAAGUACAUAUUUUAGCUGUUUAUUUGUGCAGUCAGCAGCUAACAUUCCUGCCCUGCUGGGCUGUAGUAGGCCUCUCUCCCCUCCCAGCAUGCCUUGCUUCACCUGGAUGGCUUCUUAUGGACCCCUGUCCAGGUGUGCAACCAGGAAGUGUUUUUCUUGUAGAAACCCCUGUCACAUGGUAUAGAUUUAAAGAUGAUUUUAAAGAAACUGACAUCAAUAGAUGUAUAACAAUAAAGUAAUGUGGGAUAUAGA